UCAAACUAGCAGAUCUCAAGCAGGACGGACGUUGGUUUGACCUCAUUGGAUUUAUCGUUGCAUUUUUUCGUGGAUUUUUUGAUAGAUUAGUUGGAUAGUCAAAAUGUCAGGAUUUGAAAUUGAUUCUUUAACUAAGUACCAAAUUAGACGUAUGAGCAGAGACGAAUUAGUCAUCUUACUCAUGGAUUGGUUGGAGAGAUUGAAAGGAAGAUCUGCAUCACUGAUUAAGGAGCACAAAUUGCAGGAGGAGUUGGAAAAGGCUCAAGAACAGAUUGGGCUUCAAAAUGAAAAAAUUAUUUCUCUGACAAAAGAGUUAAACGUCUCCCUGAAGAAGAGCAAAGAUUUGGAAUACCAGACGGUCCCAAAAUUAAAACAAGAAAUUGAGAACUGGACUUCCCACAAGAAUAAAUUAUCAUCUGAGGUACAAAGUUAUCAGCAUAAAGUGAAAGAUCUUCAAGCCUCUGUCAGAAACCUAGAAAGAAAAACAAGACAGCAAGAAGAAAAGUUGGAAGAACAGAGACAAAUGUGUCAAGUUCCAGAAUCCAUAGUGAAGAGAGAACAGCAUGCAAGUGAGGUGGAGAGACUGAAAGCUGAGUUGUCCAGAAAGGUCAAUGAUAUUGGGAUCAAGAAUAUUGAAAUCAAAAAAGAACGAGAGAGAUCCAGACUACUGGAGGCCAAAGUAAAAGCUCUGGAAAGGAAUUUGACUGAGGCACAAAAGGAAAAUAAAGACCUCAUUAAGAAACUGGCAAAAACACCAAUGGAGGAAGCGAUUGAAAAAACCAGGAUCGCUUUUGAAGCCAGAAUUGAUUUUGACACGUUGGCCAAAGAAAAGCAGAGAAGCAGAGCAUUACAGGAAUGUCUCACAAGAAAAGACCGGCAACUGCAUAAACUACAGGAGGACCAGUCUAAGAAACGCUGCACAUUCUCAGAUCUCACAAAAGAGGCUCAGGAUAUCAUAAAAAUACUUGAAAAAAGGUCACACACAACUGCAAGUUGUCGAAGAGAAACACAGACAAGAACCAUGCAGGAGACGGAACCCAAGGAUUUGGGGGAACCGUCCCACAAUAAAAUGGCCGAGGCCUAUUGGCUUAACUGCUUCAGUUCCUGGUGUUCGUCUCCGCCGUCCCUCAUCUGAGCCAAAUCUCUUUGUAAUUCUGCUCCGUUAAAGUCACACAGUGCAUUCAACCAAUCACUGCAUCUGGAGUGGUCAUUCAGGCCUGCUCCAGUUCUCCCAGUCAGGUGUGAGGAGGAGAGCUGGAGACAAAGGAGCCACAGAUCUGAACAUCCAGUGAGCUUGGAGCCAUAAAGUUGUCAUGCACUGAACUAUAUAUGGAACUGGUGACCAUUUUUUAGGGUUAAAGGAUGGAGAGCUUCUGACAGCUGGCUAUGGCCAGGAGAACCUGAAAUUCACUCCAUACUAGUCUGUCAGCUCCUCUUCCAUCCAGUUCUGUCUCCAGCAGAACUGAAGUGGAAGGUCAGGAGAAGCGGUCCACAUCUAUUUCUGCUGGUGAUCUCAGUCCUCCUGAGGUGCAACACUACAUUGUGGAGCAUGUUGUCAGGAGUGGGGACAGUUCUCUGCAUAUGCACACAUCCCAUAGACUGAGAGCAUUCUCUGGAAAAGUCCCCAGGCCAAGUCAUGAGACAGACUACGACACAUGGCGGAUGAGUGUUGAUUUAGUUCUUCAAGAUCCCUCUAUGUCACAGUUGCAAUGUACCAGACUAAUUUGUGAUAGUCUACUUCCACUUGCCUGUGAUAUAGUGAAACGUUUGAGUCCUGAUACAAUACCAAAAGUAUACAUGCAACAACUUUCCAGUGAAAAAAACAGUCUGUUGCAAUUCUUUCAGAUUCUGAGAGUGUGAAGUCAGUUGUUGAAGAGGAAUCAAUUGAACCAGAAUCCAGUGUUGAAGAGCAACCUGAUGUGUCUGCAGAACAAGUUCCACCUUAUUCUGAAGACUUGCCUGAUCCUGGAAGCCCAGUUG